CUGCUGCCUUUGUGAAAUCACAUGAAGCCGAUUGUGGUUUAGAUUUUAUGUUAAAUACUAGGUUAUGAAUUGACUUAGUUCUGUAUUUUUAUAGUUCAGAUGAUAAGAUAUUAUUGUAAAGAAACUUAUUUUCUUAAUGUGAACGGACUUGCAUAGUGAAUUCAUACAUGGUGAAGAGUAUUCCUUCACUGUACUUCAGGGAAUGCCAGCUGGAAUGAUGUCAAUCUUACAUUGUACCCAGACUGUUUAAUUCUCUAGGAUAAAUUUCUGUAGUCUGUAUUGUUAAUGUUUGCAAUUCGAGGCAAGAGUUGUACAUUCAACAUUUGUAUUCAAAGUCUUCACCCAUACUAAUACAAAGAGUAGUAGAACCUAUUAUAAUUAUCAUAUAAUUGUUUUUUUUCUUCUCCCUGAGUUACCGUCACAGUGGAUCAAGGCACAUUUUUGGAACUGUGCCAUUUGCUACAGCACUUAUAAAAUACCCAUUAACUAUUAUAUACUUAGUCCGUGGUAAAGCUUAAAUUUUUUUUUUCAGGUAAUUCACUGUUUCCCUUUAAAGAGGAUUCUUAAUUCUGUUUUUACAUUUUACGCUUUUUGUAGUCUACCCCCAAUUAGGAUAGAUCUGUUUAGGGUCUCGAAUUUCAGUUGGUUAACUAACACAGUCCUUGGGAAAGGACAUCAAACUUCCUGUGUAAUCUCUGUCAGAAAAUAUCUUAUUCCAACAAUCCCACUUGUCUCUUUAACCUUUCCUUGAAUUAUGACUGUGUCCUUAGGGAACAGUUUAUAGAGGUAGCAUUGAUACCCUUUUUGCUUUUUUUUCAGAGCUAGGAUUUGCAGUAGGACUUUGAAGUUUGAAUUUGCCAAUGCUGUUUUCCAGUAUGCUACAUCUGGUUGUUGCUGAUGUGCAUACAAGAUGACCAGAGCUUUGUCAGUUCGUAUCUGAAAAAUACAUUCAUGGCUGAAGAUAGGGCUUACAGUGUGCCCAGAUAAACUUAAAAAUUGAAUUACUUAGCCAUUAGUAAAUUAUCAAGUAAUUUUUUAUUUAUAUACUGUUACAAGAUGGCCAUUUAUUAUCACAUAUGCCAGUAUAACAGUGAUUAGAGAACAAUCUAAGUCUAGCAGUCAAACUUGUGAUUUUUGUAAACCAAAAAUUCUGGGAUAGGUAUUUGGUGCAUUGGUCAACCUGCUACUUGAGAUGUCUGCAUGUGGUAGCAGAAUAGAUAGAUUAGAAUCCUAUCAGUUGUAGAUUCCUGCUCAUUUUCACACUAGGAGGCAGCUAAUGGUGACUUGGGUGGUUAGAUCUCUGUCAGUUAUGUGGGAAAGCCACAUUGAGUUCUUGGCCCCUGGGCAUGUAGGAAGUGAACCAGCAGAUGAACGCCCUUCCCAGUCUAUUAAAAACCAUACCAUUCCCAGGUUUCUUCUCCCCUUGAAAAAUCUAAUGCAGAGAGAAUAUAUGAUUUUGCAUUUUUAAAUUAGCUCCCUGCAGAUUCUGAGGUUGACUACUAUAUUCAGAAAUACAGAUCUAGAUGAUAGAUGUUAGAAAGUGUUGAUUCCUUAAUGAAACUGUUAUUUUGUGAGUCAGAAUAUGAUUUAUACAGUGUUAAGCAAAACACAUUUUAUUGGUUAUGAAAAAAGAGUAUUGUUACUUUUUUUUUUUUUUUUUGAGAGGAAGGGAGAGAUGCACAUGGGGAUGGAGCUUCCAUCCCCUGAGCAGCUUCCCGAAUGCCUACACGAUCACUGCUGGGCUAGGCCAAAAGCUGGGAGCCAGAAACUCAAUCCAGGCCUCCCAUGUGAGUGUCAGAAACCAAAUUGAUGAGUUAUUAUCACUGCUUCCCCAAGAGUCUUCAUUCUUAAUAAGAAGCUAUAUACGCAGCCAGAGCCAGGUAUCACAUAAACCUAGGUACUCUAGGAUGGGGUAGAGCAUCUUACCCACUAGAACAAAGGCCCAUGUCACAAACUUGUGAACUUUAUAUAUAAAGAUGCUAAUAAUCAUAACAAUUUUUUGUCAUAAAAGUUCCAGAAACCUUGAUUAUUUUGUUAAUCUGUUUAAUUUCAAAUUAUUAAAAAUAAGUUGCAUGGUUGCGCUAUAUUAUAAAUGGAUUUCGCCUUCUCAGUAAAUCCUGAGUUUAAUGUUGAUUGUGCCUUUAAAAAACUUAGACCAGUGUUAAAUAAUGUAAGAUUCUUCCUGAUGUAGAAAUUUAUAUGUAAAUGUCAAAGGCUCUCUUUAGUGAAAUUGUUUUAACAUCUAGAGCUAUUGGCCAAAAGAAUCCCCUAAGAUUUGUUAAAUUCAUGCCAUACUUAUAAUUUAUCUAAUCAGAAAAGCUGCCUUUGGAUUUUACUACAAGAGGUGAUUGAAACUUGGUAAUCCAGGGUUUCUCCACCCAGUGCAUUAAAUCAGGCAACCCCAAAGGGUUUCAGUAGUCCAGUGUUCCUAACAUCCUUCUUUACCUGCUAAUCGACCUCACUUCCUGGAUUUCAGUCCGUCUAGUUAUCAGCUAACAAAAGAACAGCUUUUAGUUCCUGCAGACGCUGCUGAAAAAAUAAUCACGAGAAAGAAAUCCACCUUAUGUCGUCUUUUUUAUCUGCAAAAAUAAACUCAGCCAUCAUACAGCUAACAGGUACGGAGGGAAGAUACAAGCUCUUUCAUAGGAAGAAAUUACUGAGAAAAUGAGCAUCAUUUCUCAAGGUUUUUGUUUUCCCUGAUCUACAAGUGAUGCUGCUGUAAUUCUAGCUGCAGUUUUUACCGAUCGUUCACUACUCAGCAGCUGGUAGAGAAGUAAGACUGCUUGGCAACCACCUGCAGGGCUGCAGAGAUGAAUUACAUUUUCGGAAACAACACACUUCUGUAUUCUCGCGCCAGUCGAGGAGGCAAUACUAGCUCUAGCCAUGGCUCAGUAGGCCCAAAGCAAAAACAUUGGGCAAAAAAGGGCUCAUCAGAUGAACUGCAAGCUGAGCCCGAACCUUCACGCUGGCAGCAGAUAGUUGCAUUUUUUACUCGAAGACACAGCUUUAUUGACUGCAUCUCAGUGGCCACCAGCUCCACCCAGCCAACAGAAGCUGUUCCUCCCUCUUCUCCCACUGUCCCUGUGAUCCCUGUCCUGCCAGUCCCUGCUGAGAAUACUGUCAUCCCACCCACCACACCACAGGCGAAUCCUCCUCCAGUAUUGGUCAACACAGAGAGCUUAGAGACACCAACUUAUGUUAAUGGUACUGAUGCAGAUUAUGAGUAUGAAGAAAUCACACUUGAAAGGGGAAAUUCAGGGCUUGGUUUCAGUAUUGCAGGGGGUACAGACAACCCGCACAUUGGAGAUGAUUCAAGUAUUUUCAUUACAAAAAUUAUCACAGGGGGAGCAGCUGCACAAGAUGGAAGAUUGCGGGUCAAUGACUGUAUUUUACGGGUAAAUGAAGUAGAUGUUCGUGAUGUAACACACAGUAAAGCAGUUGAAGCAUUGAAAGAAGCAGGCUCUAUUGUACGCUUAUAUGUUAAAAGACGGAAACCAGUAUCAGAGAAAAUAAUGGAAAUAAAGCUCAUUAAGGGUCCUAAAGGUCUUGGGUUCAGCAUUGCCGGAGGUGUUGGAAAUCAGCAUAUUCCUGGGGAUAAUAGCAUUUAUGUCACCAAAAUAAUUGAAGGAGGCGCAGCACAUAAGGAUGGCAAACUUCAGAUUGGAGAUAAACUUCUAGCAGUGAAUAGUGUGUGUUUGGAAGAAGUUACUCACGAGGAAGCAGUAACUGCCUUAAAGAAUACAUCUGAUUUUGUUUAUUUGAAAGUGGCAAAACCCACAAGUAUGUAUAUGAAUGAUGGCUAUGCACCACCUGAUAUCACUAACUCCUCUUCUCAGCCUGUUGACAACCAUGUUAGCCCAUCUUCCUACUUGGGCCAGACUCCCACAUCACCAGCCAGAUAUUCCCCUGUUUCUAAAGGAAUGCUUGGAGAUGAUGAAAUUACAAGGGAACCUAGAAAAGUUGUUCUUCAUCGUGGCUCAACAGGCCUUGGUUUCAACAUUGUAGGAGGUGAAGAUGGAGAAGGAAUAUUUAUUUCCUUUAUCUUGGCUGGAGGACCUGCUGAUCUAAGUGGAGAGCUCAGAAAAGGAGAUCGUAUUAUAUCGGUAAACAGUGUUGACCUCAGAGCUGCCAGUCAUGAGCAAGCAGCAGCUGCCUUGAAGAAUGCAGGCCAAGCUGUCACAAUUGUUGCACAGUAUCGACCGGAAGAAUACAGUCGUUUUGAAGCUAAAAUACAUGACUUACGGGAGCAGAUGAUGAAUAGUAGCAUUAGCUCAGGGUCAGGUUCUCUUCGAACUAGCCAGAAGCGAUCUCUCUAUGUCAGAGCCCUUUUUGAUUACGACAAGACUAAAGACAGCGGCCUUCCCAGUCAGGGAUUGAACUUCAAAUUUGGAGAUAUCCUCCAUGUUAUUAAUGCUUCUGAUGAUGAAUGGUGGCAAGCCAGGCAGGUUACACCAGAUGGAGAAAGUGAUGAAGUUGGAGUGAUUCCCAGUAAACGCAGGGUUGAGAAGAAAGAACGAGCCCGGUUGAAAACAGUAAAGUUCAAUUCUAAAACAAGAGGAGAUAAAGGGGAGAUCCCUGACGACAUGGGAUCAAAAGGCCUGAAGCAUGUAACUUCUAAUGCCAGCGAUAGUGAAAGUAGUUACCUAAUCUUGAUUACAGAUGAGUAUGGCUGCCCACAAGGUGGUCAAGAAGAGUAUGUCUUAUCUUAUGAACCAGUGAAUCAACAAGAAGUGAAUUAUACUCGACCAGUGAUCAUAUUGGGACCUAUGAAAGACAGGAUAAAUGAUGACUUGAUCUCAGAAUUUCCUGACAAGUUUGGAUCCUGUGUGCCUCAUACGACUAGACCAAAACGAGAUUAUGAAGUAGAUGGAAGAGAUUAUCAUUUUGUGACUUCAAGAGAACAGAUGGAAAAAGAUAUCCAGGAACAUAAAUUCAUUGAAGCUGGCCAAUAUAACAACCACCUGUAUGGAACAAGUGUUCAGUCUGUGCGAGAAGUAGCAGAAAAGGGCAAGCACUGUAUUCUUGAUGUAUCCGGAAAUGCCAUAAAGAGAUUACAAAUUGCACAACUUUACCCAAUCUCCAUUUUUAUUAAACCCAAAUCCAUGGAAAAUAUUAUGGAAAUGAAUAAACGUCUAACAGAAGAACAAGCCAGAAAAACAUUUGAGAGAGCCAUGAAACUGGAGCAAGAGUUUACUGAACAUUUCACAGCUAUCGUGCAGGGAGAUACGCUGGAAGACAUUUACAACCAGGUGAAGCAGAUCAUAGAGGAGCAGUCUGGCCCUUACAUCUGGGUUCCAGCCAAAGAAAAGCUAUGAAGAAGGCGUGUGUCUGCUUCUCUCCCGCCGUCCGUCACCUGCUCUUCGACACUUCUUUGCCUUUCCUCUGGAGUUCGUCUUCUGGACUCCUUUCAUGUCGAAUCAUGUCCCACUCAUCAUGGUCUGCAGUUGCACUUAAUUUUGACAAAUAGUGUCUCCUUCAAGUUGCAUCGUCUGUAUUACUCUGUCAUUGUUGGUUUGUGGCCAUUUUUCGGAACUGAAGAUGGAAUGGCCUGACCAGCUAUUAAGGGUUUGGGGAGAUACGGAAAUUGUGGUAAAAUUCCUUAAUGUUUAAGGGAAAGUAAAUUUAAGAGAUUUUCAGAAAAGCUUUAUAUACCUUCUUUUCAAAUUUCAAUAUAAAUGAAAGAAAAGUUGUUUAAUCAGUGAUUUCGUAGACUUUGAGCAACUAUGCACGUUUAACUUUAAUAGCAUGGUUUGGCCAAUGUAUUAGCUAUCAAGUCCUUUUCCCAAUUGACUGCUCUUAUCAAAGUGAUUUCCCUGUAGGCAUAAAAAAUGGAUUUUUAAUUUCAAAAUUAAUGUCUGAGUUAGCUUUCAUAACUUCACAAGGGAUAUUCAUUUUUCAUAAGAGUUCUUAAAGUCUUCUAUUGUUUGAGAUUUUAUUUCCCAGCACAUUUAUCAGAAAUAACGAUGUUCAACCGUUUUUAAUCUACUUGUGCAACACUAUUUAUAGUGUCCUACAAAAGUUGUUCAUACAUAGCAGUCAUCACAUUUUCUGAAUUGAGGACAUGUCUAGGUGCUAAGGGAACUCACCUUUUACACAGAAGGUUGAGAAAAUCUCAUAACCGCAGACAUUACAGUGGUGAUUUAGUAAUUACUAUGGCAAUGAAAAAAAAAGUCCAGUUCAUAGCCUAAAACUUUAAAUGUAUUCUUAAGGGUCAGAUUUUAAUGAAUAUUUUACCCACAAUAACUGCCUAUUUUGUUAUAAUAAAAUAUAUAAAUAAAUAUAUAUAAAACUUUCUUUAAACUCUGUAACUAUGGGAAUUAUUUUCUUUACAUAGUUGCACACACACAUAUAUAUAUAUUUAAAAUAUAUUUUUUUUCUUUUGCCACCUACUCCUUUUUGUUUGGUUUUUUAAAUUAAAUAUGAAUUGAUUAGACCUCUCUUUAAUCAUAUGAACUGAAAAUAGGAGUACGGUGGUUGUGAGGAGAAACCUCUAGGGAAUUAGAUUACCAGUCAAAGUAUGGGCAUGUUCUCCUCUUUUCUACAGAAGUUUGCAAAGAGUUCCUGGGUUGUCAUUUGUUUAUUUUUGUCAUUGUUCUUGUCAUUAGGUUUGAUUUUUGGCCCUUUGCCUUCCUUCUGGUUGUGUUCCUUGCACUGAUUGGAAACAGGCUAAAAGCUCCAUUUCUGUGUGAGUUUUCUCCUUAGACACCAUUUGUCUCGUGCGGCUGCUCUGCCCCAGGGUUACACUGGUACUCCCGGAGAGCAGUAGCGACAGGCAGCAAUGACUUCAGAAAUCCGUUUCUCCAGUCCUUUACAUCAGUAACAGCAUUUGGCUUCCCGUUGCUCCUUGGAAUUGUUUAUUAAGUAUGUGUUUUUGACAGCCUCCUCGUCACAAUUUCUUAAGUGAGUACUGGUUUGUAAAGAAUUAUUAACAUUAUCCAUUCCAUUUAUGAGAAAGAGGAGAACAGCUAAUAAACUUUAUUGUAAAAUCCAUAUGUUAAAUGUGUCUUGAAUUUUGAAAGAAGUAUUUUACAAGCUAACAUUUCCUUGCAUCAAUUUGGACAACACCUAAUUGGUAACUUGAAGGCAAACUAAUAAAAUUUUCUUCUGCAAGUCUUGGAGCAGAGUAUAUUAUAUCAUAUAUAUAUAUAUAGUUGGUAUAAUUCAAGUAUGUUGUUACCAAACAUAUAUACUAGAAGAAAAUUGUAAAAUCUCAAGAGCUUCAAACCUUGCAACAACACCCCAGUAUAAACCACUUCCAGGUAUUCAUCAGUUACACAUUACAAAAUAUCUAAUCAGGUAUAAAAGGUUGCCAUUUAUUGAAAUCUAUAUUACAUUGCUUUCUGG